AUGACGACAAUUGGAAAUCUCGCCGCAAUCGAGCCCAGAGUUAAUCAUGAUGUUUUUCAGGUGUUUGAGAACACCUUAAAGCAGGCUCCGCAGUACAAUGAUGGAUUUAUCAAUGGCUUCUACGACGAUGAGGGUUGGUGGGCGUUGAGCUGGAUACAGGCAUACGAUAUUACUGGAAGGCACGAGUACCUCUCGGCAGCUGUGGAUAUAUUCAACGACAUGAAGAAAGCUUCCACGACACCAUGUGGAGGUAUUUGGUGGGAUAGAGCCCAGAGCUACGUUAACGCUAUAGCGAAUGAACUCUAUUUGAGCGUUGCUGCGCACCUAUCCAACCGAGUGCAAGGGCGCGAACGGAGAGAGUACAGGCAGAUCGCGGAAGACCAAUGGAGCUGGUUUCAGAAGUCUGGCAUGAUUAACGCAGACUCGACAGUCAACGACGGGCUGACUUCCACAUGCCGCAAUAAUAAUGGCACGAUAUGGUCAUAUAAUCAGGCCGUAGUAAUUGGGGGACUCGUAGAGCUUAGCAAAGGCUCUUCCGACGAAUCGUAUCUAGUUAAUGCUAAAAAAAUUGCAACGGCGGCCAUCACAACACUGUCCGAUCAUCAAGGGGUCCUUCACGACCCAUGCGAGCCCCACUGUGGCGAUGAUGGGUCUCAGUUUAAGGGUGUGUUCAUGCGCAACUUGAAAAUGUUACAGGAGACGGCGCCAGACAACAACUAUCUUGCCUUUAUCACGACCAAUGCGAGAAGCAUAUGGAACAACAACAGAAAUGAAGACAACCAACUUGGUAUCAACUGGGCAGGCCCAUUUAUGCCUCCGGCGACUGCGGGAACCCACAGUUCUGCGAUGGAUGCAUUGGUGGCGGCUUCAGCGUUUCAGAGAUCACUCAGAGACGGGGGGGACUAG